AUGGCUUCGCUCAAUCUCUCGACGAACGGCCCGUCGAUAACGAAAAGCUACCAGUCGGUGGUAAAUGCUCCAGCUCCAUCCGGACCUGCCGCGGCGUCCCCAACAUAUGGUGCAUGGGCUCUGUUCUCGGUCACGGCACCGCUGGUAAAUGCAUUUCAACAGGGCGGUGCUCAGAAAGAGAGCGUUCUGAAGGUCCAAAGCACAGGAGAGGGAGAACUAGUCGACCUAAUCGAAGACUUCUCUGAUGGGAAGAUACAGUUCGGAUUCGUCAAAGUAAAGGAUCCCAAUACCAGCCUGCCGAAACAUGUCCUCAUAGCGUGGUGUGGAGAGGGAGUCCCUGAGCGAACCAAGGGCUAUUUCACCAGCCACUUGGCCGCCGUAUCCAAGUUUUUGCAGGGCUACCAUGUUCAAGUCACUGCGCGAUCCGACCGUGACCUCACACCCGAAGGUAUCAUUCAAAAGGUAUCCGAUGCCUCAGGUGCUAAAUACUCUGGAGACGCCUCCGUUCCACCUCCCAGCUCAACAAAACCUCCUGUGGCCGCAAAGCCAGCCUUCAACCCCACCCGUACGGCGGGAUCAUUUAAACCACCUGCGCGAGGUAGUCAAACUGGCUACACGAAGAACGAGCCGGUUGACAACGAUGGCUGGGGUGCUGAUGCCCCGCCAGUCACGAGAACACAGCUUGAAAAGGUAGCGCCAGCAUAUAGGCCCACCAAGGUCGAUAUGAAGGAGCUAACUUCGCAAAAAUCAUCAACGACUUCUGGACCUGCCACCGAACGAGAUGCACCUGCUGGCGAUGUUGUCAAGGGUACAUACCAGCCAAUUGGCAAGGUUGACAUCGCGGCCAUCAGAAGACAGGCGCGAGAAUCCGGACAGACCACUAGCGACCGUCCAGAGAUUGUCAAGGGAGCCUAUGAGCCGGUUGGGAAGGUAGAUAUCGCUGCUAUCCGCGCCAAGGCUAAAGGUGGUGAUGCCAGCAACACCCCUCCAAGCUCUAUUUCACCAGCAGUUACUGGUGGUUCUGGAGGUAACGAUGAACGGCCAAGGCCACUGGCUGAACGUUCUGCAGCCUUCACUGCCUCGGAACGGUUGACCACCCUUCCCAAGCCCAAAGUUGCUGGUAAGUUCGGCGCUGCGGCUUCAUUCACUGGAACAAAAGCUCCUCUGCCUGGCGGGUUUGAGCCCAAGGCUCCAGUUGCUGCAGCUCCCGUUGGAAUAGCCAGUCGAACUUUUGCCGACCAAGGGGGCAAAACACCAGCUCAACUAUGGGCUGAAAAGAAGGCUAAGCAAGGAGGUGUUCCGAGCCCAGCUCCAGCCCCCGAGUCACAGUCGAGGGAGGCCCCAGGGAGCCAAGAGUCAGGAUGGAAGAGCUCGUACACCGGAAAGUCGUGGGCUCCAGUUGCCACGACGGCUACAGGUGCUUCUGCCGGCCACGCAGAGGCUCCUGCUACAGAAGAAAAGGAAGAGCAACAAGAGGAGCCCCAUACUGGUAAUGUUGGCUCAAUCCGAGACCGAUUUGCCCACACUGCUCCUAUGGGUGCCUCCAAUUACGAGAGAUCUGCUCCCUCUCCACCACCACUUGAUACCAGCAACAAACCAACUGCAAGCCGCGGUGUUCCAAUUCCAGGUCUUUCCCAGCCAGCACAUGAAGAAACUCAACGCUCUGUUCCACCUCCACCUCCGGUCCCUGCUGAGCUAGAGGAGCAGGAGGUGGAGCAAGAGGAGGCUCCCAGCUCGCCUAUCCGGGUAGCAAUGCCUGUUGGCCGUGGAUCUGCACAGGAGGAACACGCAGCUGAGCAGGAGCAGCCGCCGCUUCCAGUCACCACCCAACACCAGGCCGUGCACGAGGAGACGCCGAAAGAACCAGAGCCAACCUACGCAGCAGCGCCCGCAGCCGGUAGCGGAAUCCAGGCGAUUGCGCAGUACGACUACGAGAAGGCCGAAGAUAACGAGAUCGAGUUGCGAGAAGGAGAGCGUAUCACUAACAUUGAUAUGGUUGAUGAAGAUUGGUGGCUCGGCGUCAACUCAAGCGGUGAAGCAGGUCUCUUCCCAAGGAACUACGUUGAGCUCGUCGAAGGCGAGGCUGCCGCAGAAGAGGCUGCUCCCCCGGCUCCGGCUCGCCCUGUCCACGAAGAACCAGCUGCAGCAGUCGCCCCUCCUCCCCCUGCCGCACCACCAGUGGCAGCCGAGCAACAUACUGCCACUGCUCUAUACGACUACGAAGCCGCCGAAGACAACGAGCUUAGCUUCCCAGAAGACGCCAAAAUUACCAAUGUCGAAUUCCCCGAUGAGGACUGGUGGACGGGCGAGUACAAGGGUAAAGUAGGCUUGUUCCCUGCGAACUACGUGCAGCUCGACAACUAG